AUGGUGAAAAAUUUCAAUCAAAACGCUUUUGAGAUCGAGUGCAACCUCAAGGUGCCCAGCUUUUUCACCCAUGAGGAGUGCUUCAAGAAGACUUUGGCCAAGCAAGGGCUCAAUGGGAGCAAGAGAAAGGAGUGGAAAACAGCUGAUUGUGUGGAAAACGAUUGCGCUGGACACCUCAUUUUCAUUCAUCCCAUAAAGAAAGGCGGAUUCUAUGAAAAGCCAGUCUACUGCGAU